AAAAAUUUUCUUUGUUGACUUUGAAACAUGAAGUUCCUUUCCAAGGCAAUGCUUUCUGCAUCUUCAAAAGUCAUUUUUGCACUCAAUGUUUUUCUUGUCUUGCACACCAUAGAAGUUACUGCCAGCAAUGGAACAAUUCCGGCCCUUUUCGCUUUUGGAGAUUCAAUAUUAGAUACCGGUAACAACAACAAUCUCAAUACAUUCUCAAAGUGCAAUUUCCCUCCGUAUGGAAGAGAUUUUCCGGGACAUAUAGCCACCGGAAGAUUUGGAAAUGGAAAGGUUUUCUCAGACAUAAUCUCUGAAGGCUUGGGAAUCAAAGAUUUAUUGCCCGCAUAUCUGGACCCAACUCUGCAGAGUACUGACCUCCCUACAGGAGUUUGUUUUGCUUCUGGUGGUUCGGGUUUGGAUGAGUUGACAGCCCGCGUGCAGAAUAUUUUAUCCAGAACAGAUCAGUUCAAGAAGUUUCAAGAAUAUGUUGGCAAGUUAGAAGGAGUUGUUGGAUAUGAGAAGGCUAAGGACAUCAUUUCCAACGCCUUAUUUCUCUUCUCUGCAGGCAACAAUGACUUGGCUAUUAACUAUUUCAGUCUUCGUUUGAGACGGGAGUAUGAUAUUAAUUCAUACACUAGCCUUUUGGUUAGUUGGGCUUCAUCUUUAAUCAAGGAUUUGUAUGGAUUGGGAGCUCGAAGAUUCGCGUUUAUGAGUACACUACCCUUAGGAUGCUUACCAGCAGCAAGGAUAGCUCUAGGAGGACUUUGUACAGAGAUUGUCAACCAGGCAGCAAUGUUGUUCAAUUCCAAGCUGGAAUCCGACAUAAACAAUCUGAAGGGCAGCCUUCCAGGAGCUAAGCUGGUCUUCGUCGAUGUAUACAAUCCUCUCCUUCAACUUAUUCAAAACCCUCACGAAUCAGGCUUUGAUGUUGCGACAAGAGGGUGUUGUGGCAGUGGAGUUGCAGAAAUAUGCAGUCGGUUGACUCUAGUGACGUGUUCAGACCCAUCCAACUAUGUUUUUUGGGACUCGGCACACCCCUCAGAAAAAGCAUACAGGACCAUAGUCCCUGAAGUUCUUCAGAAAUAUCAAAGCGGUUUCUGAGCUUUUAGAACAACAUUUAUGGAAAAUAUGGUUUUCUUGAUUCUUAGACUCCAUUUGGUUCAUGCAAAAUAAUUUCAUGUUGGAAAC